AUGUUCUUCACCACCCUCUCCAAGGCCUCCUUGGCCGUCCUCAUCGCCUCGAUGAUCCUUGUCCUCACCCAAAAGGCCGAGGCUCACUCCUACGCCGACUGCAUCGACUGGCGCUUCAAGGACCCCAAGAACCCCUCCUGGUCCGACAAGAACGGUGCCUGCUUCGGUUUUGCUCGCCGCUUCCCCCUCAAGGCCAAGCCCUUCGCCAAGCUCGACUCUGACGAUCCCAACCGCCACUACCAGCAGUCGCACAAGAACCCCGACCCCAACCACUCCCUUGCCUGCUCCGAUGGCAAGCAGGGUGAGGAACCUGGUGCAGAUGAGACCAUGGGCAAGCCUAUCUCUGCAGCCUACACUGGCAAGGACAAGCGCGGUCGAGCGGUUGGUGUCCAGACCGUCUCCAAGCCCGGCGGACAGCUCUGCGUCCGUUGGCCUGCCAAGAACCACGCUGUUCCCGAUGAGAAGAACCAGCCCGUGACCAUUGCCCUCUCCGAAGUCAACCCUACGAAAGACCCCACCCAGCUCCAGUUCCUCUCCAACGUCAUCACCGACCUCAACUACAAGAACUGCUCUGACAAGGGAAAGGACACCGACAUCUGGCCCUGCGGUGGAUGCUUCAAGUUGCCCACCACCUUGAAGCCCGGUAACUUUGUCAUGCAGUGGCGCUGGAAGCUCAACUCUGACGAGUGGUACACCUCUUGCGCCGACAUUGACGUCCGCGCCAAGUAA